GGUGGAACGUGGGCGCGGGGAGACAGGUGGUGACUACGACGGCGAAGGGAGCUGAGACUGGGUCCAGGCAGCCAAACCAGGCCAGGAGCAUCAUGUGAAUGGGCCAAAGGGCUCCCAGGCUGGGCAGGGAUCAUGGGCUGUAGCUGCAGCUCAAACCCUGAAGACGACUGGAUGGAAAACAUCGAUGUGUGCGAGAACUGCCACUAUCCCAUAGUCCCACUGGAUGGCAAGACCACGCUGCCCAUCCGGAAUGGCUCUGAAGUCCGGGACCCACUGGUCACCUAUGAGGGCUGCAACCCACCAGCCUCUCCAUUGCAAGACAACUUGGUUAUUGCCCUGCACAGCUAUGAACCUUCCCAUGAUGGAGACCUGGGUUUUGAGAAGGGUGAACAGCUCCGUAUUCUGGAACAGAGCGGUGAAUGGUGGAAGGCUCAGUCCCUGACCACCGGCCAGGAAGGCUUCAUCCCCUUCAACUUCGUGGCCAAAGCAAACAGCCUGGAGCCUGAGCCUUGGUUCUUCAAGAAUCUGAGCCGUAAGGACGCAGAACGGCAGCUUUUGGCGCCAGGGAACACACACGGAUCCUUCCUGAUCCGGGAGAGCGAGAGCACUGCUGGAUCCUUUUCACUGUCUGUCAGGGACUUCGACCAGAACCAGGGCGAGGUGGUGAAACAUUACAAGAUCCGUAACCUAGACAACGGUGGCUUCUACAUCUCCCCUCGUAUAACUUUUCCCGGCCUACAUGAACUGGUCCGCCAUUAUACCAAUGCCUCUGAUGGGCUGUGCACGCGAUUGAGCCGUCCUUGCCAGACCCAGAAACCUCAGAAGCCAUGGUGGGAGGAUGAAUGGGAGGUGCCCAGGGAGACGCUGAAGUUGGUUGAGAGGCUGGGGGCCGGACAGUUUGGGGAAGUCUGGAUGGGGUACUACAACGGGCAUACGAAGGUGGCCGUAAAGAGCCUGAAGCAAGGGAGCAUGUCCCCUGAUGCCUUCCUGGCUGAAGCUAACCUCAUGAAGCAGCUGCAGCACCAGCGGUUGGUCCGGCUUUAUGCAGUUGUCACCCAGGAGCCCAUCUAUAUCAUCACCGAAUACAUGGAGAACGGGAGCCUAGUAGAUUUUCUCAAGACCCCUUUAGGUAUCAAGUUGUCCAUCAACAAACUCUUGGACAUGGCAGCCCAGAUUGCAGAGGGCAUGGCAUUUAUUGAGGAACGGAACUACAUCCACCGUGAUCUUCGGGCUGCCAACAUCCUGGUGUCUGACACAUUGAGCUGCAAGAUUGCAGACUUUGGCCUCGCACGCCUCAUUGAAGACAAUGAGUACACAGCCAGAGAGGGAGCCAAAUUUCCCAUUAAAUGGACAGCACCAGAAGCCAUUAACUAUGGGACCUUCACCAUCAAGUCAGAUGUGUGGUCUUUUGGGAUCCUGCUGACAGAGAUUGUCACCCAUGGCCGCAUUCCUUAUCCAGGGAUGACCAAUCCUGAAGUGAUUCAGAACCUGGAGCGAGGCUACCGCAUGGUGCAACCUGACAACUGUCCAGAAGAGCUGUAUCACCUUAUGAUGUUGUGCUGGAAGGAGCGCCCAGAGGACCGGCCCACCUUUGACUACCUUCGCAGUGUGCUGGAGGACUUCUUCACGGCCACAGAGGGCCAGUACCAGCCCCAGCCAUGAAGGCCUAGGUGGCCCAAGACCUCCCCCCAUCCUACUGCCCUGACUUGGGGAGAUGGAAUUCUUGAAGCAUAUCCAUGUAGCCUAUGCAAACAUGGACUCUGCACAUGAAUCCAUACAGUGUUUGUCUUGUACACACGUCCUGUAGUUAUGUGAGUUCUAUACAUGUGCCUUGUACAUGUGGAGCCUGUGUGUCUUGGAUACCAUCUGAAGUGUUUCUUUCUGGACCCUCCCAUUUCCUGAGACCACAGAGGGGAGAAAGGCUUGUGGUCGACAUAGGCUUCUAUCACUUUUCCUUCUUUUUUUUUUUUUUUUU